UUGGCGCGGUCGGUAUCGUUGUUUUGUUGUGUUUUGUGUUUUCGUGUAAUAUUGUAAUAUUUAUAAUUAUAAUUGAAUGAAAUAAUAAUACCACCAUGUCUGCGCGAUUAAAACAUAUUGAAGUGGAAAACUUCAAGUCGUAUCGAGGACGCAGAAUAAUAGGUCCCUUAAAACCAUUUAAUGCUGUUAUUGGCCCCAAUGGAUCAGGAAAAUCUAAUUUUAUGGAUGCUAUCAGUUUUGUUAUGGGUGAAAAAACACAAAGUUUACGUGUAAAGCGUCUAAGUGAUUUAAUUCAUGGUGCUGCGAUUAGUAAACCAGUUUCUAGAAGCGCUUCCGUCACAGCUGUCUUCACGGUGGAAGAUGGGAGGGAAGUUGCUUUUCAGAGGUCUGUCCAAGGAUCGUCUUCUGAGUACAGAAUUAACGGAAAUGUUGUUUCUACAAAUGAAUAUCUCGGCGAAUUGGAAAAAUUGAAAAUAAAUGUAAAGGCGAAAAAUUUUUUAGUCUUUCAAGGAGCAGUAGAAUCGGUUGCUAUGAAGAAUCCUAAGGAAAUGACUGCUUUAUUUGAAGAAAUCAGUGGAUCUGGAGCCCUAAAAGAAGAAUACAUGCGACUGCAACAAGAAAUGCAAAAAGCUCAGGAAGAGAUAAAUUUUGCUUAUCAAAAGAAGAAAGGUAUAAAUGCUGAGAAAAAGGAAGCUCGGUUAGAGAAAGAAGAAGCCGAUAAAUAUGCUAGACUAAAGGAUGAUUUGAAUGACAAGUUAGUUGAACACCAACUAUUUAGACUAUUUCACAACGAGAGGGAAAUGAAUAAUCUUGAGCACGACUUAAGUUCUAAACAAAAAGAAGUUGAAAAAAUAGAGAAAAAGAAGGAGAGACUCGAAGAUACGCUUAAGGAAAAGAAAAAAGUUCAUGGGAAAUAUAACAGAGAUUUGGCUAAAACAGAGCAGGAUAUUCGCGAAGUUGAAGUAGAGAUUUCUAAGAAGAAGCCCCAAUUCAUUAAAGCCAAAGAAAGGGUUACCCAUAUGCAAAAGAAAUUAGAUGGUGCUAUAAAAACGUUGGAGCAAGCAAGAAAGGCUCACGAGGCUCAUAUGAACGACAUUAAAAAAUUGGAAGAUGAACUUGCGGAGGUAGAAGCUGCCAAAGAAGAAUACGAAGCUCACAUAGCCGGGGAGUCACAGAGCCAAGGGAGAGACGUUCAUUUAGAAGAUGCACAGGUAAGAGAAUACCACCGUUUGAAGGAAGAGGCAGCGAAAAGAUCGGCGAGGUACAUGCAAGAAUUGGACUCGGUAAAUAGAGAGCAAAAAGCCGAUCAGGAUCGUUUGGAUAAUGUGUCUAGAAUGAGAACCGACGCGGAAAACAAACACAGACAGAAGCUGCACGAGAAAGAGGAAAUGGAGAAGAGAAUCGAAAAGUUGGCUGAACAUAUAAGAUCAAGCGAGCAAGCUCUACAGGAUCAGAGGCAGUUGAGGCAAGAUUUGCAAUCCGAUGUCGGUUCCUCAAAGGAUAGGGUGCACGAGAUACAGAAGCAAUUGGACGAUGUCGUAGAACAACUCGGUGAUGCAAGAACUGAUAAACAUGAAGAUGCAAGACGUAAAAAGAAACAGGAGAUUGUCGAGAGAUUCAAAAGUAACUAUCCUGGAGUGUAUGAUCGAAUGAUUAAUAUGUGCCAACCAAUUCAUAAAAGAUACAACGUUGCCAUUACCAAAAAUUUGGGUAAAUACAUGGAGGCCAUUGUAGUCGACACAGAACAUACGGGACGUCAGUGUAUUAAAUAUCUGAAAGAGCAAAUGUUGGAACCUGAGACAUUCUUACCUUUGGACUAUUUGCAAACAAAACCCGUAAAAGAAAGAUUACGUAGUAUUACUGAACCGAAAGGAGUGAAAUUGAUCUAUGAUGUACUACAAUUUGAACCACAAGCGAUCGCUAAAGCCGUUAUGUUUGCUACUAAUAAUGCCUUGGUGUGCGAGACUCCAGAAGAUGCUAUGAAGGUCGCUUAUGAACUGGGCGGAAGGUAUGAUGCCGUAGCUCUAGACGGCACGUAUUAUCAAAAAUCUGGUAUAAUAUCCGGUGGAAGUUUAGACUUGGCGCGUAAAGCUAAACGUUGGGAUGAAAAGCACAUGGCACAACUUAAAGCUCAGAAGGAAAAACUAACAGAAGAAUUAAGGGAUGCGAUGAAGAAGUCCCGUAAGGAAUCUGAAUUGAAUACAGUGGAUUCCCAAAUACGUGGGCUUGAAACUAGGUUAAGAUAUGCCAGAACUGACAUGGAAAGCACGACUAAGCAAAUUCAUGCGGUUGAAAAGGAAUUGACUCACUUGAACGAUGAAAUGAAAAAAUAUGGACCUCAGAUAGAGGCCAUCGAGAAGAGUAUGCAAACUCGUGAGCAGCAGAUAGAAGAGAUCAAAUUGAAGAUGAACAGUUUGGAGGAUGUAGUUUUCUCAGACUUCUGCAGGGAAAUAGGUGUGCGCAAUAUAAGACAGUACGAAGACAGGGAACUUCGUGCACAAGAAGAACGUAAGCAGAAAAGGUUGGAAUUUGAGAAGCAGAUAAACAGAAUUACGAGCAAUCUGGAGUUUGAAAAAAGCCGUGAUACGCAGAAUAACGUCAGUCGUUGGGAACGUACUGUUAAUGACGAAGAGGAGAAAUUGGAGACUUGCAAAAAGCAAGAAGCGAAACAGAGAGACGAAAUAGACAAAGACCUGCAGCAAGUUGAACACCUGAAAGCACUGCGUUUAAAUAAGAAACAGGAAGUCGAAGCGGCGGAGGAAGAAGUGGGUAAAUCAAGACGUGAAGUGGGAUCCAUUGCCAAAGAUGUUCAGGCCGCCCAGAAAGCAGUGGUAUCUUUGGAAGGUAAAAUCGAAAGUAAAAAGAGUGAGAGGCACACCAUCCUUAUGCAGUGCAAAAUGGAUGAUAUUGCCAUUCCCAUGAUUGUUGGAAACAUGGAAGACAUUGUAGCAUCUGACCCGUCCCAGUCAUCAUCUGCAGGAGAUACAAAUAGUACGGCACAGCAAUAUGAAAAGGAAGCCAGAAUAAAGAUUGACUACAGUAUGCUAUCCGAUAACUUAAAAGACCUAGAAGAGAGAGAUGAAAUAAAAAAAGUUGCCGACAAACUUUUAAAAUCAAUACAUAACUUACAAGACACCCUAACAAAAAUCCAAGCUCCCAAUAUGAAGGCCAUAGAAAAAUUCCAGCUCGCAGAAGGCAAAUUGAAGUCUACCCAAGAGGAAUUCGAAAAUCUUAGAAAACACAACAAAAAAGCCAAAGCUGCCUUUGAACGGAUUAAGCAGCAAAGAUACGAACGGUUCACUAGAUGCUUUGACCACGUUUCUAACGAAAUAGACAACAUCUACAAAGCUUUAGCCCAGAAUCAAUCUGCUCAGGCUUUCCUAGGUGCCGAAAAUCCAGAAGAACCGUAUCUAGACGGAAUAAAUUACAAUUGUGUCGCUCCAGGAAAACGUUUUCAACCGAUGUCUAAUUUAUCUGGUGGAGAGAAGACCGUAGCAGCUCUGGCACUGCUGUUUGCCAUUCACAGCUAUCAACCGGCGCCGUUCUUCGUAUUGGAUGAAGUCGAUGCGGCUUUGGAUAACACCAAUAUCGGAAAGGUAGCUAAAUAUAUUAGAGAGAAGACGGAAUCUUUACAAACCAUUGUAAUAUCUCUUAAAGAGGAGUUCUAUUCCCAUGCUGAUGCUCUCGUAGGAAUUUGUCCACAGCCUGCCGAUUGCCUUGUGAGUCAGGUCCUUACUGUUGAUUUGACAAAGUACGAUCAGCCUUGACGGACAGAAAAAGUGUAAUUUAUUUUAUUCCAAGUUUUUUAUAUCCAUAGAUUUAAAAGUAUAAAUUUAGUAUUAAGAUAGUUUUUAUUGUAAGACAUGUUAUUUAUUCCCCAAAUAUUGUAGGUUA